AUGACAGGCAAAAUUAUGGACGAAGGCAUUGCGUCAGUAGGGGGUCGCAACUUCCAGGUGCGAAUGCUGGCCGAGCCCGACGUCUUCACGAAGGACUCGGCCGAUCAGUUCUCGAUCCCAGACUUCUUGGCGGGUGUCUGUCGCCCUUUGGAUACUAAGGACGUCAAAUCUGCAUCCGUCAUCGUCGAUGCCCACGUAGGCAUUACGGAAUGCGGCAGCGCCAACACCAUUGGAAACCAUGUUGCGAUAGGCGAUUUAGGCCAACUACCUCUUCCCCUCCGAUUUCCCACCAUCCCGCCGGAAACGAGCAAAGUCGACAUCAUCAUCCAGAACAUGAGUGACGGCUGCUGGAAUGUGAUCAAAGUCAUAUACCUUGAAAAGUCCAUUUCCUCGGCUGCAGCUUUGUCCAUGUGCAGCGGGAAACCCUUCGUGCCGGUGUUCCGCAACGGGCCUCAUGCUAUAAAGAAGGCUUUCCAGUGGGCGUUGGCAAGGGUGCGUGGACAUCAUGUGCACUGGCACAAACUAGAAGACAAGUCGCAGGACACCUUGCACAAAUCAUCAUCCAACCUGUGGUCGCCGGAGAAUGACGAGCUUGCUGAGGGCAUUCGCUACAUCAACACCUUCGCUCCUGACUGCGACGCUCUCAAUCAGCAGACAUACUGGAUCUUGACCAACAUCAAGCCAGACUCCGGAGUCGGCAAGACGCCGGCCAUCAUCGCCAUGGCCAUGGCCAUCGGACGCUACCACGUCCGACGCCUGGGUCUACACGGAGCAAAGCCUGGCUGGAGACGAGGGAAAUCUCUUGACAACUUUAGGCAGAGAUCGCCUCAGAUCCAGGAAGCACUUUUCUUGGACGACCCUUCAGGGCGACGCCUGGACAUGGCCGACCUGAAGUCUUUUGUCACGACCGAUGAAGACGGCACUGUAAGCGGCCGCUACAACGACGCUCGCCUGACGCGCAAUCAAUUCAGGGCUCUGGCCUCCAACGACACAGGCGAUGAACCUGCAGGCGUUCUACCAGCAGACACGACUCUCGACCCCGAGGCCUUCAUCAAACUCCUUGGUCCUCUUUUUGCCGACGCCCGUAAGAAGGACAUACUUGCAGUUCUGAAGAGAUGCACUACAUUCGCGUUCACAGAUUCUGCCUUGUAUCUCCGCCUGCCCUCUGAACGCCCGGAUGCUAUAGUCCACCGAAUCAGCAAGGGCGACAUCCAGAAGGAUCUGCUGGCCGAGAAAGACAAGCCCCACUACAACACUUACAAGAAUGGCUUGACAGUCUACACCGCCACUUAUACAGCUGAAGUGGAGCGAGAGCAGGCCAUGAUCGACGAGCGUGCAGAUUACAUGGCUAGCUUCCCCAAUGUCAAGAACUACAUCCAGGAUUGCAACAACACCCUGCAGACAUGGCUUCGCCCUGUUCGCGUUCUUCCAGACUCGCCUGAAUCGCCUCAGCAGACUGGGGAACAAGCAGCAGGUGACCUUCGCCUCUCACUGUACAUUGGCACCGGACCCAAACCUAAUCGGGUGGACCGCGCCUCGUUCAACAUUCCAAAUCCCUCUGCAAGCAAAGCUCGCAGAAUCCGUGGUAAGUCUCCAGUUCCCGAGACCGCCUCCGCUUCGUCAGCGCCCUUGUGUCCGGAUGAACAGGAGACACUCGUGCGAGCAAUGGAUCCGGACGAAGAGGCCGCCCUUGCCAUGCAUGACCAGUGA